AUGUUCACGGAGGUGCCCCGGGACGUGUGGGCCCUCGGGGGCCAGGACGUGGAGAUGGCCUGCUCCUUCAGAGGGGCCGGGACCCCCUCCUACUCCCUGGAGAUCCAGUGGUGGUACAUCAGGAACCGCCCUGAUUGGACGGACAGCCAGCCGUGGUCGACCAAUGAGGUUUCUCCAGGAGAGGGACUGCCCAAGGAUGCCACCAAGAUAAGCGUGGUGAAGGUCGCCGGUAGCAACAUCUCCCACAAGCUCCGCCUCUCGUCGGUGCGGCCGCGGGACGAGGGGACGUACGAGUGCCGCGUCAUCGACUUCAGCGACGCGGCCGGCGCGCGCCACCACCGCGCCCGGGCCUACCUGCAGGUGGCGCCGCAGGGCCGCGCCCGCCACGACCACGACGCCGGCGGGGGCACGGGACGCAGCCGUCCAAUCACGGACAAGGUCAGCAUGCCCGGGACAAAGGUCACGCCCAGGGUCACCAAGACCACGGUCCCCAUGCCCGGAACCAGGGUCAGCAUGCCGGGGACAAAGGUCACGCCCCGGGACUGGGUCACCGGGACCAGCAUGCCCAGGAUCAUGGUCCCCAUAGCCGGGACCAGGGGACCCCAGGCCCGGCCCCAGCAGCAGAGUCAGGCGGACGGCGAGCCGGGCGCGGGACCCGGGGGACGGGACGUCCUGAGGGACUGCCUCAACGAGCCGCGCUGCGUACCCUAG